UCUCGGCACGUCCACCAUCCGCCCAAUCUUGCGAUAAUAUUAUAAGAAAGUUCCAAGACCUACUAAUAUCAAUUCCAGUCUCUUCACAUCCACCAUACUCAUUCCUUUGUCGUUGCUUUUGUUUUCGAUCUUCAUUCCCGCUGGUCGGCCUUCUUAAAAACCUCUCUGCAAGACGGUCUUUCGUUUCUAUAUCCUUCCAGCAUCACAUUCAUUUCUGUCGAAAUUCCUCAAAAUGAAGUUCGAAACAGCAGCAGUAACUCUGAUCUUCGCAGCGAGCUCAGUCUCGGGUGCUGCACUUGGCGGAAGAUUGGCAGAAAAGGCGUUUAAGGACGAUGCUGAUUUCGGUCUCUGCAUCCCAACCAUGAAAUAUGAAGGUGCUCUCGGCGGACGAUCCACAGCCGAUUUCACUUUCCUUCCCACCGACCCGCUCUGUGCUCGAGGCCAGCAGGAGGCCUUGAACCCAAACAUUAUUACCAAUAGAAUCUGCGACCAACUCACCACAGCUUGUGGAGCGAACGAGGCAGCCAAGCAACUGUGCCGUGACGCGCAAGCCAAGGUCCGAGCUCUGGGAACUCGCAACAAGUCCACCGCCGACACAUGGAACACUCUUUUGGGCUUCGGUGGCGCUCUUACCAAUCCUGACGGAGGACUCACCGAGCCAGGCUUCAGAUCGAAGGAACUGAAGGUGAAGAGGGAGGAGGUCAAGAUCGAGAGACGAUUCAUCGAGUGCCGUACCGACGUUUGGCUCGACGACUGCAAUGGAUGGACUGCUCCAGAACCUGUGGUCAAGCGAGAGGUCGAAUCUGCUCCCGAGCCCGUUGUCAAGAGGGAAGCCGCCUCGGCUCCCGAGCCUGUGGUCAAGAGAGACGUGGCAGCGGCUCCUGUCGAGAAGGAAGCCAAGCGCGCCAUCGCAAACUUCGUCGAGUGCAGCACCGACGUCUGGCUCGAUAACUGCAAUGGCUGGUCUUGAAGACGCAAACAACAGAAAACCAGCCAAGCGGACACGUGUGAGUGUGUUGUUCGGGGUUGGCUAAAUGAAAAUAGUUGGCUUGUAUCUCAAAAGGACCGGCUACUGAGGAGGGCAAGUCUGGA